AGCUCCUUCUAACCUUUCUCCUGCUCCUCCACAGGUCCCCGCCAACCUCGGCCUGAAGGCUAACCUUGACUUGAAGAAAAAGAGGCCAACCAAGUCGCUCAAGGAAGGCGAGGUGGACCCUCGGCAUGGUGCAAAACACCAAAAGGUGACCCAGGAACCUCGGGACAAAAGGGCCCCAUCCGUGGAGAGCCACGACGAGCUAGAUAGGGCUGAAGUGCGCGUGGCAUAGUGUACUUGGAGUCCUCGGCUCGAGGUGGAUAGGUCACCAAUUCCUUGGAACGCCUCGGUCCGGGAAUACCAGAGGGGCCGAGCAGGGUACAUUGCUGAAGCCCUGGAGUAGCCCAUGCUCCUUCCUUGGGACAUGGACGCUUACAAGCGUUUCUCACAAAACGAACUCUUCCUGUCCCUGAAGAGGGACCUUGCAAUGAUUACUCAGCAAGUUUUUGUGGCCGAGAAGUGGUAUCGCAAUGCUCGCAAGCUAACCGAUACUGAAGCCCUCUUUUGUGCCGAGAUAGAGAAAAUGCUAGAGGCUAUCAAGCAGGAGCAGUAUGAGCUAACUGAGAAGCUGAAGGAUGCACAAUUAGGUCAUUUGAGCGCUGAGGCUGGCUUGAAAAAUGCAGAGAAGCAAGCUGAGGACCAGCGCCAGAAGUUGCACGUGAUUGAGAUCAAUCUUGCUACUGAGAAACAGGUUGUCCUAAAUCUCAAAGCUGCGUUGUAAAAGGCCAAGGAGGAAACCUAGCUGGUCAAGGAAGCAGCCGAGGCCGAGAAAAGGGCUGCCUUUCAACUUGGCGUGGAGGAGAUGCAAGUAAGGCUUGUCGAGGAAUUGUUAGAAGUAUGCAGGAAGUACUGCAGUGUCACAUGGGACAAGGCUCUCAGCAUUGCAGGUGUCCUUGCAGAUUCUGUUUGGAGGCUACCUAAAAACGUCUUCUACCCCCUAGAGAUCCGGGAGGUCCCUGCUGAUGCUCCAGAAUCUUCCGAGCAACCUGCGGCUAUCCUAGAUGCCAUCCUGAUAGCUGAAACUACAAAGGAAUCUAACCAGGCUAGGCCAGGAAGCCGAGGGAGAGAAGGGCAAAGGUAAGGGCAAAGGGAAAAAACCCUCUUCCAAAUCAAAGGAUCCCUCCAAGGAGAAGGUUGUAGAGGCCGAGGGUCAUGGGGUUGACCCCCAAGCCAAGGAUGUUUCUCCUUCUUAACUAGAGCAAAAAGAAGACCCUCUUGCUAAA